GGUUUGCAAAAAAUUUCGAUGCUUUGUGUUUAUUUCAAAGCUUUUCUGUUUCAGUUUCUUCUCAUUCUCUCAAUUCAUAUUAUGGCUACCAUUACAUACAAGAAAAAGGUUAAUACUUCUCACAUUCCAUAUGAACUCGCUUUAUCCAUACUCUCUAAAUUGCCUCUUAAACCUCUAAAACGAUUCACAUGUGUUCAAAAAUCAUGGUCUCUUUUAUUUCAAAACCCUAAUUUCACGGACAUGUUUCACGCGAAUUUCUUCGUAUUUAAACCUAAUGAGGAGUAUGAAAACACCUCUCUUCUCUUAAAGAUUAUAAUUGAAGUCGACGAUGUAUUGUCCAAGCUUUCUGGUGAUAGGUUUGAGGAUAUGGUGAUAAUAGAUUGGCCACCUCCUUUUGAAGAGGAUCAUAACUAUGUGGAAGUGUUAGGUUCUUCCAGUAUUAAUGGCGUUCUUUGUCUCUAUCAAGAUCAUGGCAAUGAAUCACCAACUGUGUUAUGGAAUCCUGCUACCACGGAAUUCAAGCUGGUUGUCUUUGCCGGAGAAGGAUAGUUCUUUUUGGGAGCUUUUAAUGGAUGACGAUGACAUGUGUUGGUGGAACGUAGAGUACGUAGAUAUUUGCGACCCUCUAUGGGAGAUAUAUAGCCUAAAAAAUAACAGUUGGAGGAAACUAAAUGACAUCGAUAUGUCAUUGCCUUGGCGAUGUCAUUCUCUGGUUAAUUCAAAUUAUCAAUUGUGCCAUUUUUUGGAGUUUGAAGAUAAAAUGUUUUCGUUCGACUUUAGCAAUGAGAAAUUCAUUCCAACAGUUUUACCUUCAGAAUCAGAUUUCAAGUAUCAAGGUAGGUACCAACACCUCCUGAUAUUAAAUGAGUCGGUUGCUUUCCUUUGUUAUGAUGGCGAAAAUGAUUAUCAUAUGUGGAUUCUGGGUAAACUCGAUGUAAAAGAAUCAUGGACUAAAUUCUUAAUUAUAAGACAUCCAGAUGACAUUGGAUAUCCUAUUGGAGCGUGGAAGAACGAAAUAUUCUUCACAGCUGGUCAUAAGAUAGCCCGGUAUAAUUUAACUACCCAAAAAUUUGAAGAAAUUGAAGCUUACGUAUGGAAAGUUAUGAUUUAUAAGGAAGUUCUUGGUUCUGUUGAAGGAUUGAAUGAUUAAUUUUGUUGUAGUCUAAUCUCAUGGCAUUCAACCAAGAGGUUUAAGGCAUAUUUACCAGAUUUUGGAUUUUAGUAUAAGAUGAAUGAUAUAAAAAAUUGUCUUGUCGAUCAGUUUCAAAUUUUUAUUGAUUAUCAAAUAUUGGUAUAACUGUUUUGGUUUA